AGACGUGGAAAGUUUUAUAUAUAGUUGACUAACCUGUUUGUUUUUAAAAAGAAUCGUCACAUAACCUUUACGAGAGGAACUCUUUACGCUUAGAAAAAUGUGGCCUCUGAUAGUGAGGUCUUUCGGCAGUUUUGGCAAGUAUCUUACACUUCCUAUCGUGGCUGUUAUUGGAGCUGUCGGGUACUACGUCGAGAGUCGUGUAUCCGACCGUUACACGCCAGCGACAGCACCUAUCGUACAGCAACGGCAGGAGAGAUUACUGGAAAAUAUAGAUUCGGCUAACAAAAAGAAGCACAAUCCCUUAGAAGUCAAUCUCUCACCGUCAUUGUCCAGUUAGGUGUGCAUGUUACAUCACUAGUAUCAUAUAAAAUUGGAAAACAACAAUUAACACGAUAGAAGGACUGGAUAUGAAUUUGCGUUCCAAGAAGAUACGUUACCAAGCUUUACAAAAUAUAUGUCUAUAUUAUAAAUUAUAUGUAUAUAUUAUAGAUGUUUAAUUCUUAUUAAUAAUCAUGAUUACAUAAGUAAAACA